AUGCAGCACAUGAACUGCUCGUACCUCUCCUCUGGGCGACCACCUACUCUCCUCGCCCUGAAGCAGCACGCCCAAUCUCUUACAAACCUCAUCCUAAGGCUCUCGAUUGCGACGACCUCUGCGGCCGUAACAAAGCUUGGCUGCGCUGGACGCGACGGUUGGGGCUUUGGUGAGCACAGCGCGUUCGAUUGGCUUGAUAAUCUUCAAAUACCCUACGAUAAUAAGGACGAGUCGCAUCAUAGACCAAUUCCCUCCAUUUCCAAUUGUAUCGAAAAGGAUUCAGAGGAUAAAGGACCACAGCACCACUGUCCUCUAACUGAAGUGCAAGAUUCCGACCCUGGGUCUCAGAAAGGCGGCACCCAGCGACCAUACUACACGCAUCACAACUUGGUAAUGCAUGCCAAUGAGUGCCUCGAGAUUCUCGAUCACGAGUACAGCUCCACUGGCGGCCUCAUUUCCAUUCUCCCCACGAACAUGGAGCAUGAUACUGUCGAGCUCACCAGCGCCCGCAACUCACUCCUGGGCCAGUGGCUACUGCACUCCCAACACCUCGUCGGCCGCAUGCACGAGCUCGAGAUCAACUACGCCAACGCCCUCGAUGUCAUCGAAGGCGAGGCCAUGGUGCCCCUGCAGGCCAUCCGCCGCGCCGGAACAGACGGCGUCUCCCAAGGCCGACAGAUUGCCUACCCCCAAGAUCGCUAUGUCCUUGUCAACGCCGGAGACGACGUCACGUCCUUUCUGCACCGCCAGCUCGACCGGACUGAAGCGCAAGUCGACCAAAAGGAGCAGUUCUGGAAGGUUUCCGGUGUGAGUGGUGAGCGCAUGUGGCACGAGAAACGGGGAGGGAAAUGGUAUGCUCGUGGAAUUAUCCCCGUCGACUUACUCACGCGCUUCUAUCGCGUUGCGGGCAAAGGCCAUGCGUCGCCCAUUUUCGUGAUGCCGGCCAUCGAGCAGCAUCCCGGCGUCGCAGCCACGCGACACAUAGAGCAGCAUCCAACUGUCGUGUCCAUCGCGACGCCAACUUGGCCAAAGCGGGUGUCUGAUUGGGAGCGCAAGUUCAAGGAGCGGCUCGAACGUGCGAAGGAGUUGGAACUGGAGAAUCAGAGGCUAGUGAGAGAGAAUAUGAAGCUGCAGGCUACCGUGGCCUUCCACAAUGAAGACCGCCGCGGUACAACAGGCGAAGAGGACUCUCAAGAAGCAACUUGGUCCAAGGGAGAUGAAAAGGGGCAACAGGCUUUGUUGAGGCGCAUUGCGGCGUACGAGGCCAAGAUGGACGCGCUUAAGAAAACGCUCCCAAGCAAGUAUCACUCACAGUUGGCGUUGGCAGUGGAGGAGGAGGAUCAGGAAUGA